AUGCAGUCCCAACUCCCUCUCGCACUCCUCACCCUCGUCACCUUGAUCACCGCCGCGCCAGUCGCGCCAAUCGAGCGCUGUACCGCUGCUGAUACAGGGAAAUUGUGUAAAGCCGGAGCAAUCAAUGGGUUCUUUGUGAAUGGCUUUUGUACGGAUCUGCCGAUCAGACAGGACGCAUCGCAAUUUGCUUGUAUUCCCGGAGGGACUUUGUCUGGUACUGAGGCGUCUUGA